GCUUUAAACUCGGAGUUUAAGCUAUAGUGUCAAUGCAAUGCACUGAGAGUGGCAUUAAGCUAUAAACUGGAUUUAAGCUAUGCCCUUCGGCUUGACCCAUCCCACGGCUACGUUCCCAUUUGUCAUUCGCCGGUUUCUGCUCCUCUUCUUCUUCUUCUGUAUAGCAGUCACUCAAAUCUUCACCUUCACUGCCAUGUUCAUCAAUCUAUCUGUACUGUACUCUAUCGCUAACACACAGAUAUACUAAUUAGCUUUUGAUUAUCAUCUCUGCAACUCAAUUCAAGAAAGGGGCAAAAUGGAAAACAAGGGAUCGAGGAGGAGGACAAGAGGGAAAGCCGACUUAGCCGGAACGUUACGGAAAUCAUGGUACCACCUUAGGUUGUCCGUACGUCAUCCGACUAGGGUUCCGACAUGGGACGCGAUCGUGCUCACGGCGGCUAGCCCCGAGCAAGCAGAGCUCUACGAGUGGCAUCUCAAGCGUGCCAAACGUAUGGGUCGGAUCGCCACAUCCACUGUCACUCUAGCCGUGCCCGAUCCGCAGGGUCAAAGGAUCGGUUCCGGAGCUGCCACUCUCAAUGCUAUCUAUGCCCUUGCUCGCCAUUACGAGCAGCUACGUCUUGAAGCCCUCGGACCACAGCAGGUAGCAAAUGCAAGCAAUUGCAGUUCUGAACCUUCCGUGCGGUGCAAAAGGUCCAAUGAUGAAGUUGCUGCCUCGAUGGUUACAUUCAUAGACAAAAAGCAUAUACUUUUGCUUCACGCAGGAGGUGACUCAAAAAGGGUCCCAUGGGCGAAUCCCAUGGGGAAAGUUUUCCUACCACUUCCCUACCUGGCAGCAGAUGACCCUGAUGGGCCAGUUCCCCUGCUUUUUGACCACAUACUUGCAAUUUCUUCUUGUGCAAGACAAGCAUUUAAAAAUGAAGGUGGGUUAUUUAUCAUGACUGGGGAUGUACUUCCUUGUUUUGAUGCUUCUUCUAUGGUUCUCCCAGAGGAUACAUCCUGCAUUAUCACUGUUCCUAUCACCCUCGACAUUGCUUCCAACCAUGGUGUAAUUGUGGCAUCUAAAUCUGGGAUUUUGGGAGAAGGCUAUUCAGUCUGUCUAGUUGAGAAUCUACUUCAGAAACCUAGCGUGGAGGAGCUUGUUGAGCAUCAGGCAAUUCUAGAUGAUGGAAGAACACUGCUUGACACAGGAAUAAUAGCAGUUAGAGGUAAAGCAUGGGUGGAUCUUGUCACGCUUGCCUGUUCCAGUCAAUUAAUGAUCUCAGAGCUCCUGGAAAACAGAAAAGAGAUGAGUUUGUAUGAAGAUCUUGUAGCUGCUUGGGUACCUGAAAAGCAUGAAUGGUUGCAACCACGCCCUUUGGGGGAAGAACUUGUCUAUAGAUUGGGAAAACGAAAGAUGUUCAGCUAUUGUGCUUAUGAUUUGCAGUUCUUGCAUUUUGGAACCUCAAAUGAAGUUUUGGAUCACCUGAGUGGGACUGAUUCAGGACUUGUUGGUCGUAGGCACCUGUGUUCCAUUCCAGCAACCACCGUGUCUGAUAUUGCUGCAUCUGCCAUUAUUCUGUCUAGUAAAAUUGCGCCUGGUGUCUCAAUUGGGGAAGAUUCUCUUGUAUAUGAUUCAUCCAUUUCUGAUGGGAUACAGAUUGGUUCUCAAUCUAUAGUUGUAGGGGUUAAUGUUCCCGGAAACAACAGUAGGGCAGCAGAGGAUUCAAUCAGGUUUAUGCUUCCAGACCGCCAUUGCCUUUGGCAGGUUCCCUUAAUAGGAUGUACUAAAAGGGUUAUUGUGUACUGUGGUCUCCAUGAUAACCCAAAAAUUUCACUUUCAAAGGAUGGGACUUUUUGUGGGAAACCCUGGAAGAAGGUCUUAGAUGAUUUAGGCAUUCAAGAAAGUGACAUGUGGAGCUUAACAGGUACUCAGGAAAAAUGCUUGUGGAAUGCCAAGGUGUUCCCCAUUCUUUCGUACUUUGAGAUGCUUAGUCUGGCGACAUGGCUUAUGGGAUUAAGCAAUCAGAGAAACGAAUCCUUGCGUCCGCUAUGGAAAAGGUCACACCGCAUCAGUUUGGAGGAGUUGCAUAAAACAAUUGACUUUAAACAAAUGUGUUUAGGUUCCAGCAAUCAUCAAGCAGAUCUUGCAGCUGGAAUUGCUAUGGCUUGCCUCAAUUUUGGCUUGCUUGGGCGCAACUUAUCUCAACUGUGUGAAGAAAUUUUGCAAAAAGAAGCAUCUGGGGUCAAGAUUUGCAGAGAUUUUCUAUACAGGUGUCCCAACCUUCAGGCAAAAAAUUCAAUGAUCCUACCUAAAAGCAGGGCAUACCAGGUGGAGGUUGAUCUUCUCCGAGCAUUGAGUGAAGAAACAAGGGCAUGCGAAAUGGAGCACAGAGUUUGGGCUGCAGUGGCCGAUGAAACUGCUUCGGCUGUGAGAUACGGAUUCAAAGGUACAGUAGAGCAUAGUAGGUACUAGAGUAGUGAGAAAAAGGAAAAUAAACAUGAGAAACAAGAACAAGUUCUUUGAUCUACUGGAAAUGAUCUAAAACAUCACUAGAGACAUUUUAUUUUUAUGCUUCACUCUUACAUUUUUCCAGGUCGAUUAUUGACACAAUUUUUUCAAUCCAUUAUGAGGAGUUCAUAUGUUUGAUAUUUUCGAUUAAUGAAACACAGUUCAUUUUUCUGGGUAUGGUUAAUUUUUUAUGUUUUGUAUUUGUUAGAACAUCUCUUGGAGUCGUCCAAUAGGAUCUCUGCCACAGCACAUCAAGGGAAUAAUUCUGAUGGUUUUCUAGAUAAAUCUUUCUGCUCUAGAAUAGUAAAGGUUGAGUUACCAGUGCGUGUGGAU